AGGGUCAUCACGUGGUACGAGGAAUCUAAACAAAAUAUUGCGUUUUGAUAAUGACUUCAGGGAAACGUCCGAAAAAUACUCCCGUUCUCUAAAAUUUGGCCAAAAAGGAAUUGAUGUUUUCGAAUCACAAUAGCGUGCCACAUAGCAAUCACAGUCGUAACAGUUCAAGGAGCCGAUUCGAGUUGCAAGUAAAUCGAAACCCUGAUGAUGAUUCAACAGGACUGAUCAACAGAAAGCUUCCGGGAGAGUUGGUGCUAAGAGUGUUGUCGUUCCUUGACGUAGUUUCCCUUUGUCGCUGUGCACAAGUUUCAAAGCUAUGGAACGUCUUGGCUUUGGAUGGAAGCAAUUGGCAGAGAGUUGAUCUGUUAGAAUUCCAGACAGAUAUAAGCGAACCUGUCGUACAAAAUCUCUCUCGGCGUUGUGGCGGUUUUUUGAGGAGGUUAUCGCUGAAGGGAUGCAAAAGCGUUGGAGAUGGAGCGUUGAGGACAUUUUCAUAUGAAUGUAGAAACAUCGAAGAGUUGAUUCUUGAGGGAUGUAAAAAGAUAUCAGAUAAGACGUGCACUAAUCUAAGAAACUACAGCAGAAAUCUGAGAGUGUUGGACCUAUCGUCUUGCCCUCAAAUAACGGAUACUGGAUGUACUGCGUUCAGUAACGGAUGCAACAAACUGGAAUACAUCAAUCUAUCCUGGUGCGGACAAAUCUCUAGAAAUGGUGUGAGGUCCAUAUCUGAAAAUUGUUCGCAUUUAAAAACAUUUAUCGCAAAAGGAUGUACCUUGAUACAAGACGAGGGAGUCCAACAUUUGGCACGGAACUGUAUUGGCUUGCAAGCGCUUAAUUUCAAUAGCUGCGAGCUUCUUACGGACGCGGCAAUAAGAGCCGUCGGUAAAAACUGUUCAAGUUUACAGUUUCUGUGUGUUUCCGGUUGCAUUCAUCUCACCGAUGCUUCACUGCAAGCGCUUGGCGAAGGCUGUCCAGAUCUUAGGACUAUAGAAGUAGCGCAAUGUUCUCAGUUGACCGAUGUUGGAUUCAGUAAACUGGCUAAGGGCUGUCAUAAUUUAGAGAAAAUGGAUUUGGAAGAAUGUUCAUUGAUUACAGAUGCAACACUUGCGAAUCUUUCCACUUGGUGUUCAAAUCUUCGUCAAUUGAGUUUGUCCCAUUGCGAGCUAAUCAGCGACGAUGGUAUCCACAGAUUGAGUGGAGGUCAUAAUGUUGAGGAAUACCUCGAGGUUCUAGAGUUAGAUAACUGUCCGGCAAUUACGGACGCCGCAUUGCAUCAUCUAAGAGACUGUAGGUCGCUGAAACGUAUCGAGCUAUAUGACUGUCAGCUGGUCACCCGUGUUGGCAUUCGUAGACUUAAAACACAUUUACCAAAUUUAAGAGUGCACGCCUACUUUGCUCCUGUCACGCCUCCGCCAAGUGUCGGUGGUGGUCGUCGUCGUGUGUGCCGUUGUUGUACGUUAGUUUGAUAGUUUGUACUCACACCAAGUAUAUGUAUAUUUUCAAAUGGUUUUAAUAUUGUACUAUAUGGAGUUAGAAAGUAAUUUUAUUCAAUUUUUAGUCAAAUUAUAACGACAUGAUUAUACGUGGCA